AUGUCGUCCUCUUCCAACGGCAAUGGCUCAACUCGCACGCCCAUCUCGAUCGAAGCCCUCUUGGCCAAGCAGCGCCAGGAGAAGGAGGAGCACUCCCGCGUUCGUCCUUUCAUCAUCAUCAACCACCCGAGUCUACUUCACCCUACUGACUCGUACUACUCCCUCGCCCCAGCCCAAGUUCCUCACCAAACAAGAACGAGCCGCGAUCGCGCUCGCCGAACGAGCAGCCCAAGUCGAAGCCGCGAAAGAACAUCAACUCCAACUCAAGCAGAACCAACUCGAACGAUCGACCCCGUCGAAUCAUUUCCAACCUCCACAACGCAACUAUGGCGCCAGUGGUCAGGGGAGGUACGAUGAGCGGGCUUUUGGUUCGAGAGGCGGCAGGAACGGUGCACUGGACUACAAUGGCCAAUCGUCCUCGGCGAGGGGAGGAGCAUACUCAAAUCAUUCGAGGAAUGCAAGAGGAAGAGGUGGCUUGGGCUUUCAACCGUCCCGACACGACGACCAUACGCCUACGGCACCGAGGGCGAAUCACGAUCGACGCUUUGAUACCAGGGGGGGACCACUCCCACCGUCCGCACCUAGAGCGGACAGGGAGAGGGACGCGUAUUCGCAGAGGAACGGAGAUGAUCGGAUGCAACUUGAUGGUGCGAGAUCGAAUGGCGAGAUGCCUCCACCUCCUGCUCGGCCCUCAGCAACGGACAACGCCGUCCCAUCAACGACGACGACGGCCAAGUCAGAAGAACCCUCCAUCAAGGAGGAGCAACAAGACCCGAAACCAAUCCAGCAAGACACCCCAGCUCCAGUCGCACCGAAACGCAAAUUGACUCUGGCUGAAAUGGCCGCUGAACAAGGUGUCAAUGCGGCGGCGGCGGCAAUUCCCCUCAAUGACAAGUUGAACGCGACCCGGUACCUUGGCGCGAAUCAUUUGGAGAAACGCAAGGUCAGUAGCGGGACGAACUUGCAAGUUGGUCCUGAAGCUGACGGCUCUUUCUAUUGCAUCCAGAAAACGAAAAUCUCGACCAAAAAGUUUGACUUCGACUGGGACCGAACGGACGACACGGCCUCGAACGAAGUUGACCCCAUCUACAAACCCUACAUACCCCCAACCGUAUCCAAACCCUCCCCUUACGAACGUCGCAACCCGAACCACGGAGGAACGAACCGUACCGAAGCGCCCGGGACAGCGGCCCCUCCCCACCCCGUUCAAGCUCUCGUUCCUCGCCUCUUCGGUCGAGGUCACUUGGGUGGCUUUGAUCGCGAUCUGGACCGUGCACCGUCCGGCGGUUCGGGUAAGCGCAUCAAGGGCUCCAUCGACGAUCGUCACUGGACCGAGAAAUCGCUCGACGAGAUGCGGGAUCGAGACUGGCGUAUUUUCCGUGAAGACUUCUCCAUCGCCGCUCGGGGAGGGCACAUUCCCUUGCCAUUACGAUCAUGGGAGGAAUCGAGUAUCCCUCGACCCAUCUUGGAUGCGAUCGAGGAAAUCGGGUACAAGGAACCUUCGCCCAUUCAAAGGCAGGCGAUCCCGAUCGGUUUGUUGAACAGGGAUCAAAUCGGUAUCGCCGAAACAGGUUCAGGAAAAACAGCGGCGUUCGUCGUCCCCAUGUUGGCCUACAUCUCCCGACUGCCCCCCUUCACCGACGAGAACCGAUCCCAAGGACCUUAUGCUCUUGUCCUCGCACCUACGCGUGAAUUGGCCCAACAAAUCGAAUCCGAGACGAACAAGUUUUGCAAAUUGUUAGGCUACAAAUGCGUUUCCAUCGUCGGUGGAAAAGAGAUCGAAGCUCAAGCUUUGUCCCUUCGCGAAGGUGCCGAGAUCGUCAUUGCGACUCCGGGUCGUUUGAAGGAUUGUAUCGAACGAUCGGUGUUGGUACUCAGUCAAUGUACCUAUGUCGUCAUGGAUGAAGCCGAUCGAAUGGUCUCACUCGGUUUCGAGGACGUGCUCAACUUUAUUUUGGACGCUUUGCCCGUGUCGAACCUCAAACCGGAUAGUGAGGAAGCGGAGGACGGGGAGAAGAUGUCGUCGAUGAUCAUUUCGCCCGCUGAAGGAUCGACCACGACCGAAUCGACUCUGGCCUUGUAUCGACAAACGGUCAUGUUCUCCGCUACCAUGCCUCCAGCCGUAGAACGACUGGCGAAGAAGUAUCUACGACGACCCGCAAUCGUGACGAUCGGUGUAGCCGGACAAGCCGUCGAUACGGUCGAUCAAAGGGUCGAGUUUAUCACCGUCGAGGAUAAGAAGAAGGCGAGGUUGUUGGAGAUCCUCAACCAUGGUGGAUUCGAACCGCCGAUGAUUGUGUUUGUCAAUCAGAAGAAGGCGGCGGAUGUGGUGAUGAAGGAUUUGGUUCGGGCGAGAGUGAGUGGCAUCUUGACCCUUUUACUUCGAUGUUCGAAAGUGUUGACUGACCUGAUGCCUGAUGUAUAUGCUGUUCCUUUCUUUUCACAGUGGAACGCUACGACCCUCCAUUCGGGCAAAAACCAAGAGCAACGCGAAGCCGCGCUCAACUCGAUCCGCAACGGCGAGAACGACGUGUUGGUCGCCACCGAUCUCGCAGGCCGUGGUAUCGACGUUCCCGACGUUUCUUUGGUCGUCAAUUUCCAAAUGUCGAACACGAUCGAGGCGUACAUUCAUAGGAUUGGUAGGACGGGUCGAGCGGGUAAGACGGGUACGGCGAUCACGUUUUUGGCGGAUCACGAUGAAGAUUUGAUGUACGUCGCGUCAUGCUACUCUAUUUCGUUCAAUUCUCAUACCGUGAAAACUGAUCGGUCGUUGUAUCUCCCCCCCCCCCCCACCUUUUCGUUUCUACAGGUACGACCUCAAGCAAGAAAUUACUAAAUCGCCCGUGUCCAGGUGCCCACCUGAAUUGGCGCGUCAUCCCGCCGCUCAGUCGAGGCAGGCAGGAAAGAGGAGAGGAGCACAGGAUAUUGACGAGUAG